AUGGCACCUCCAAGAAGCCCUAGGUCUGUUUCUCCCCUCGCUCACGCGGCGGCGAGGGCCUCGCAGAGUGGGUCGUCUCUGCCUGUGUUGCGUCGAGCCCUGUCUUCCGCACUCAUCAUUUUCUUCGUUUUCUCUCUCCACUCCUGCCCCGCGGAAGGCGCCAGGCCGAAGAACGGGCGGCCGGUCACCUACGGCAGUUCAGUCUUGCUGAUCAACAACGCCACAGGCUUCAAGUUGUUUUCUGGAAAGAUCUCGUGGGGCUCCGGCAGCGGCCAGCAAGCUGUGACGGCGAUGCCGAGCAGCGAGAAAGUCACCGCCUCGAACGUCUUGUGGACUGUGAGUCCGCCGCUGAGCGCCAACCGCCCGCGUCCGCUGGAAAGUGCAGUCCUCGCGCGUGCCGCCGCGAAGGCUGGCGAGAGCCCGCCGAGCGACGAGCCUGCGCCCGCGCUGCUGACGGAGGGCGCCGCUGGAGAACCCGUUCGCUGCAACUCGGUUGUCGUCUUGGAGCACGGAAGCUCAGGGGGAACGCUUCAGGCGAUGAGCGUCUCGUCGCCCAUCAGCAACCAGAGAGAGGUCAGCGUAGGAUCCGGGCGUGACGAGCGCGUGGCAGCUUUCAAGGUGAUAUGCGGCAACUCGAAGGCUGAGUACUGGCUCACCGGAGACGCUGUCACUUUUGAACAUGUCCAUCUCCGGACCAAUCUCCAGGCGAAGAGGGAACACGCGUUCACUCAGCAGAACUGCGGGAGAGGCUGCCCCAUCGCUGGUCACAUCGAGGUCUCCGUCAGCACUGAGAAGAGCCGAUCGAGCUGGGGAUGGACAUCCCCCCCGACCAGUGGAAGGCCGAAGCAGGCACCAUUGUGA